AUGUGUAAGGUUAUGGCCGUCAGAAACAUGAAGUCUCUUCAGAAAGAAGACGGUAGCUUUUACAUUGGAAAGGCUGAUGAUAAAUUUACAAAUGAUGUCACAAGCAUAAAAAACAAUAACUUCACACUUUGCAAUGACAACAAACAUGUUUAUAUCAGGGAUUCGGUGUCACGUGACUCGCUGGCAGAUGUCAAAGGUCGUCGGUGUACACAAUAUUGUCGUAAAUUAUUUGACACGGAACUCCAGGAGAUGAGAUCCACCGAGUUAUGGCGAGCCUGUUUCACAGAGUUUGUUGGGACGUUUCUCUUGUGUUUUUAUCACAUUGGAAUUAUUAUCUUUGGGUCCGGAGAUGCAGAGCCGCCGCCGCUUUUGCACAUCUCUUUUGGACACGGUCUGUUUGUGGCUGCUGUCGUCACGGCUCUAGGAGACACAAGUGGAUGUCACAUGAACCCAGCUGUCACCUUGGCCUUGGCCUCGUUACGUCAGAUAGGAAUAACCAGGGCCGCAUUUUACAUAAUCUGUCAGUGUGUUGGAGCCAUUUCUGGGUCCAUGUUGUUAAGGGAGGUUAGUCAUCCGCAUCUGAUUGGUAAUCUUGGAGUGAUUUCCCCUGGGCUGAAAAUUACGAUUGGGCAGGUUCUGUGCACGGAAUUCAUCAUCACAACCUUUCUACUGAUGGUCGUGGUGGCAACGUCGGACAAGAGAAGACACAACGCCCAAGUGUCGGCCCCUCUCAUCGUGGGUCUGACGAUUGUUGUCAACACACUGAUCGCUAAUAAAAUAUCUGGGUCAUGCAUGAACCCGGCCAGAGCUUUGGGCCCUGCCGUUGUUAGGGGCGAGUUCGCUAACUUGUGGACCAUCCUGGAGACAACACAUGACUGCUGCGUUGCCAGGAGUCUGGACAGCAAAAUUGACGCCACGCCUGGAUUAGAGCAGCUGUUUUCUGAAUCGUUACCAGAGACUCAUUUAUAA